GUUCCAAACCGGAUCCGUUCAUCUUGUAUACUUCUGAGUCCAAAACUCGUGACUCGGGAGUAUACGUAAAACGAAAACCUUGUGCACUGAAGCUUCCCCAUUUUCACCAAAUGCGAAUCGUGAAAAAAACAUACGAUUCAUAGACUUCCGAAUCUCCACCCCUUUUUUCAUAAUUACGGUUUGAUUGAUUCACAGAGGGGGUGGCGGUAGUGUUUAGAUCCGUUAGGUAUUCAAUCAAUCACACAAUACAGAUCUUGAUCAACCAAAUCAGGCAUCCAAUUCGAAUUUCAAACUAUCAGUUGCUUCUGAUCUCGUGUAUCUAAUAGAACAGGAAUCAUUUGUUAGUGUUCGAAAUUCCGAAUAUAUGAUGCAGCCGGUAGAGUAGACACAGGGGUCACCGACUAAAAAAAUACAUCACAGUUUUCUAGAAACUACAAGACAAUGUCAGAUGGAGGAGGUGACAUUGACGGGAAAUCAGAAAAUCACGUUGAAGAUGUUGAACAACAAAACGAAAAGUCAAACAUGAGUCCUCAAAUGAUUGAAGAUCUAAACGAGAAUAAUAUAGUAUCGGAUGAUGAUCAGCUUAUGCAAAUGGUGGUAGAGCUCAAGUUUCAGAAUGAAUACUUGAAAUCUCGUUUUCAAGAACUGAAGAAUGCACACACAGAUUCAGCUGAUUCAAUCCAACAACCAAAAGAAAUUGACCAAAAUGGAACACGUGAAGAUUCAACAACGUUGCAUGAACAAAUCGAGUCUUUGAAUAGGGAACUUGCAAUAGAAAAGCAAACACGUGGUGCUGCAGAGGCAGCUCUCGAGCAUCUCCGAGAAGAAUAUACAGAGGCAGAUGCUAAGGCCCAAGAGCUUGCUGCUAAACUAGAAGAAGCUCAGAAGAAUCUUGAACAACAAAUAAAAGAGCGCGAUGAGAAAAACUCAGAACUUGAUUCCAAGUUGAACAGGCUUCACAAGCGAGCAAAACAAAGAAUUCAAGAGGUUCAAAAGGAGAAAGAUGAUCUUGAGGCUAAGUACCGUGAAGUCAAUGAAAAGUCAGAGCAAGCUUCAUCGCAGUUGUCAGCAUUGCAGCAAGAGCUUGAUCGCACACGCCAACAUGCUAAUGAGGCACUGAAAGCAAUUGAUACAGAGAGACAGCAAUUAAGAAGUGCAAACAAUCGACUUCGGGACAAUCUCGAAGAAUUGCGUCGUUCUUUGGAGCCCAAAGAGAAUGCUAUUGAGACAUUGCAACAGUCACUUCUAGAAAAAGAGCAGAUGCUAGAGAACAUGCGAGGGCUACUGCAAGCUGCAGAAGAAAAGAGACUAGCAUCACUGGCCGAACUUUCUUCAAAACAUCAACAGCAAAUAGCAAAUCUGGAAGCUCAACUUGCUGACUCAGCAGCAGACAGAACCAAAGCAACAGAAACAAUAUCUUCUCUGCAGAAAGUCGUUGCGGAAAAAGAGUCAAAAUUGGCAGAGAUGGAUGCGGCAUCUAGUGGUGAAGCAGCUAGACUUAAAGCUGCAAUGGAAACUAUUAAAGGAGAAAUUGUUCACCUGAAAAAUGAGCAUGAGAAUGAAAAGGAAAAAUGGGAAGCUGCCACCCAGGCGCUCAACAAAAAGCUGGAGAUUGCCGAGGAUAAGUGUAUACGUGCGGAAAUCGAAGCUGCCAAAAUGAAAAGUCAAAUGGAUCUAGAAAUUUCUUUGCAAAGUCAACGGUCAAACACAAAAGACGCUGAACUAAUUGCUGCCAAAGAGGAGAUCAAGCGUCUAGAAAGUGAAUUCGCUUCCUAUAAGUCUCGUGCUCAUGCACUUCUUCAGAGAAAGGAAGCUGAGCUGGCAUCUGCUAAAGAUAAUGAACAAGUUAAAGCUCUUGAAGAAGCACUAAAGGAGGCUGAAAAUGAAAUACUGAUGAUAACCGCUGAAAAAGACAAAACGCUACAAGAUCUCGAGAAUGCUUUAAAUCGUCAUGACAAAGAACUCAGUGCUAGAGACGAAGCUCUUAGUCUUGUUGAGCAACAAGUGAAGAACAUGGAAAUGAAGCUCUCUUCUGCAUUUUCUAGUCAUCAGUCCGAGAAAGAAUCUUGGGAAAAGAAUCUUCAAAAUGUGGAAGAAACUUGGCAGUUGAGAUUUCAGGCACUAAAGUCCGAACUUGAGGAACAAAAAUCAUCGCCUAGUGAAACUCUACAAAAAGAAGUACAAGAUCUCCAAACACGAUAUAAAAAAUUAAAGGAAGAACAUGAUUCGUUUCGUGAUCUUGCUGAUAAGUUAAUUGAAGAGAAGGACAUGGAGAUUACAAGGCUUACAGACAACAAUAAGAAUCUUCUUCGUUCAUUAUCGUCAAAACCAUCGGCGAAUAACAAUGAAAAUAGCCAAAAUAUGGGUGCAUCAAACUCAAAUACUUCUGUUGCAGAACAACAGAUAUUGAUUUUGGCUAGGCAACAAGCUCAAAGGGAGGAAGAGUUAGCUCAGUCACAACGGCAUAUUCUUGCGCUUCAAGAAGAACUUGAAGAGCUUGAACAUGAAAAUCGUCUUCACAGCCAGCAGGAAGCUAUGUUGAAGGAAGAGCUUCGAAAUAUGGAAAGAUCAAAAAAGAGGGAAGGAGUGGAUAUGACGUAUCUUAAAAACGUCAUAGUAAAGCUUCUCGAGACAGGUGAAGUCGGUGCUCUACUACCUGUUAUUGCGAUGCUCCUUCAGUUCAGUCCUGAUGAGAUGCAAAAGUGUCAAAAUGCUUAUCGCACUUUUGCCGAGGUUCCACCGACCCCAGGAGCGGGUGAGGCACCAAGUUCCGGGCUCUCGCUUCUUUCUCGGUUUUCCUUCUCCUAGGAAGUCUGAUGUCACCUGUGAUUCUUGUAUUCUUUUUGUAACAGUUGACUUUUUAAUGAACCAAAGUGUCAUUAUGAGAGGACAUUAUAUACAACAUAUAUGCAGAUUGCAGUCUUGAAGUUUUGUAUCCUGAAUUCAUCAUAGACAGUGGUGUAUAGAAGUUUGAUACAUUUAGCCUUUCUUUUCUUCCA